AUGGGGGACGCCAGGAGACCCUCACCAGUCCCCAUCUCCACCUUGGACAAAGCCCAACGCUCUGACCCCAGGCCCCUCAUCUUCGUCUUUAAGGACGACUUCCUCGCCAUGGUCCACCGCGACGAGCUCCUCCAGUACGCGCUCGUCUACGGCAACUACAAGGGCGUCCCCAAGCUGCAGAUUCGCGAGGCGCUCGCCAAGGGCUGCGACACCGUGCUCCGGGUCGACAUCCAAGGCGCCGCCACGCUCCGCAAGGCCCUCGGCAAGUCCGCCGUGUUUGUCUUCGUGGCAGCCGAGAGCAAGAUGGCCUUGGUGGAGAGGAGAGAUCCUAGAGGGAGGAGGUUGACGUUGUGA